AUGUUGCAAAUGCAGCAGAAGACGGCGUACGUUUAGAUUUUCUGCUUAAUGAUAUUUCGCAGAAAUGAAUACGUGAGCAACAACUAUCACAAAGGUUCCCUGAAUGUUCAGGAAGACAUAAAGUUCACAAUGUUACUAAGGUAAUUCGCAGACUUGUCAAAUUAUCUAACGUCUUAUGUUCAAUCUCUCGGCGUUUGUUUAGAUCGAUCAGCGGCAGUAAAAAUCUAAACACCGCCGAGGAUGAAUGCCCGUCCGUCGUUCGACCUAAACGUUAACCUAUUUCGUACAAUUUAGGCACCGAAACCAUCACAAAGGUAUAUUACUGAUAACAGGAAAGAACAAUUUUUAGUUUUCCUUUCAAUGUCAGGAAAUGUAAUCGUUAUUUCACCACACAGCUCAUAUAUUUCCGCGUACAACAACUUUUUUGCGGCGGAUACCGCUUCCCCUUUGUCGGCGGCUGCAAUUACGGGCAUUGUUAUUGGAGGUAAUCUGCGUUACGUUAUUUUCACCAUUUUUUUACUUUUUUUACCUUUGGUCGGCAAGACAUUUCUUAUGACACUAACCAUUAUUUUUUCACUUUUUCCCCAUCUUCUUAAGAAGGCCGAAAAAGCGGCUGAAAUAUCCAUUCACAAACUAGAAUUUAAAUAUUUCUACCGUUUUCCCAUGCAAGCCCUGAAGUAAGCAUAUACUAUUCGAAACAUUUUAUCUUAGUUCACAAGUAUAAUUGUCUUUCUCACCGAAGUAUGUAUCGUUCCACGGCAAAUGUUGCAUAAAACAAUCUCCAUUCUAAAAAUAACUAUGAUUCAUUGCGUUUAUGCGUUUUGUUUGAUGUUUAAAACGGUUAGGAGAUAUGAAAAUAACCUUUUUUACAGUAUGCAUUUUUCGGACAUGCACUUUAUUAAAGUUGGCGAAUCCCAGAGUCAGCUGGGAACAGAUUCCUAAGUCUUAUUCCUUUGGAUGCUGGCUGGAUAAUAACCAACCUAAAUGGUACAUAAGAGUCUAAUUUUGGUAACAUUCGGUUGCAUGAAUAUCAUUCCACAAACGUAAUGUCACUUACGGGAGCUACUGUCCGUCUUUCCCACCGGUGAGACCUGCGCUUCAAUAUCGGGAAACUAUGACACCCUGUUUGGUUUCCGAAACGAUGGUGGCAAUAUGCAAAUGUUUUCAGUUCAUUUAAUGUCGGUCGGUUUUGUGUAUAGACAUUUUGCAGAAAAACUUUCGCUGUUGCAUUUUUGUAAAAAGUCGGAUAAUACCUUACUGAAAUACUCACUUGUCAUCCGUAUGACCUAUGGUAAGGCUUCUACACAUUUAGACAAAUUGUCAGUCAGCAAUGAGGCACACGCAGUUAGGUUCUGAGGAUUUCCAAUCAGGAUCCCGACGUUACACAAAUCUCAAAAUUAUAUUUCCAAAUCAUGUUUUACUUAUUAACUCUCCCUGGCGAAAACUAGGGACGUUUUUUUCUAAACGCAUUCCGCACAGGAACUAAAAAACUUUCUUUAAAACCAGAGACUGAUAUUAAAUUCUGACAAGAGGAGCAACCAGGAUUGCAGCUUAUCGUAGGGGAAAUAAAUGAUGCGAUUAGAGAAACCGAUCAGACUCCUGGCCUUCGCGCACUCUGAGAUGUGAAUACUUGCAACGACUUUGCCUUAGCAAUCACACACAGUCUCUCUUCAUCAGUAAGCUUAUGUCUAACAUUUACCAAUUAAAGGCACGUGAGGGGGACAUUUUGUUGAAUUUUUGGCAAACGACUAUAUAUGGUAGUUUGCGAUGACUUGCGUUUAGGCUCUUUCGCCAGAAUCUCGGUAUUCCUCUGAAUAUUUGAUUGCACUUUAAUGGAAAAAAUGCAUCCCCAAGAUCAAACACAGUUUUUAAGGCUAAAAUUUAAAAUAUAUUCUUUAGAUAAUCAGGAAAAUCAGUCCUAUCGCCUUUCUUUUCUUGCCCUUUCAGAGUUUUUAUCUGUGUCCUAAAAAGAGUUCAAAUAUGGGGAGUGUAUUGCCCUUUGCAUUUACUAACAGUUUCUUUACUCGAGUUUCCAAUCGUACAUCUUAAAAGGGUUGUUGAAUUUAAACUCAAAUUGUCCCUUAGUUGAUCCCAUUGUGAACACUUUGUUGGGCUCCGUGGAACUAUAACCUGUGACGGCAAAAACAAGGACAGAGUACUGAUAACGUUCUAGAUUCCACUAUUAGGUCCUACCAACAGCCGUCGGUGUGGUCAAAUUUGGACCAAUUUACCCCAGUUUAUACUGCACUUUGUGCUAAGAGUCAAGCCUUGUCCACCAAUAUUUUUCAUGGUAACUACAACUCGUGCAAAAUAAUUUUUAUACCAAUUAUUAAAAUGUUUUAGAACGCAAGAGCCACGCUCCAAUUUAUGCCGAAUAUUUGAUACCGCUCGUGUAUUGUUUGCCUUUCCCUUUGGCAUUAAAUCUGAACAAACAUUUGCUUUAUACUGCACUUUCUAAACAGGCGUUUUACCUUGGAACACUCACCUUGAGCCAUUUUUUCUUUUAAGUACUGGCUUUUGUCCUCCUCAUAAUUGCAAUUUUGCUGAUCAUCUACUGUUGUCGGCAUCGAAAUUCUGGAUAUCAGAGCGCCUAUGACACAGAAGAGGCACUAACAAAUGCAAACGCCCAAUCUGCUGAUUAUGCUCUUCGCCAAAAGGCUAACGGCCAUCCCGAUGUCAAACCCGAACUCUUUAUUUGA